AUGCCUUUGAACAUCUUUUCUCAUGUGUGGCCAANAAUUAAUUGGACUCGUGAUGAUGGAAUUUUUCUUCUUGAGGCCAACAGGCUCCUGAGAGCAGGUGGCUACUUUGUCUGGGCAGCACAGCCUGUUUACAAACAUGAAGAGGCCCUUCAAGAGCAAUGGAAAGAGAUGGAGAACUUGACAACUAACAUUUGUUGGGAACUUGUACGAAAGGAGGGUUAUAUUGCUAUAUGGCAGAAGCCUAUGAACAAUAAUUGCUACCUUAGUCGAGACAUGGCUGAGCAUCCUCCAUUAUGUGAGUCCAAUGACGAUCCAGAUAAUGUUUGGUAUGUCAACCUUAAGGCUUGCAUCACUGAAUUACCUAGUAAUGGAUUUGGAGCAAAUGUUACAGAGUGGCCUUUGCGUCUCCAUGAACCACCAAAAAGGCUCCAAAGCAUCCAAUUGGAUGCCAUUGUAUCCAGAGAUGAACUUUUCAGGGCUGAUACAAAAUAUUGGUUUGAAAUAAUAGAAAGUUACGUUCGGGCUUUCCGUUGGAAGGAGUAUAACCUGAGAAAUGUAAUGGACAUGAGGGCAGGAUUUGGAGGGGUUGCUGCUGCACUGCUUGAUCUCCGUAUUGACUGUUGGGUUAUGAAUGUUGUCCCUGUUAGUGGAUUCAAUACCUUGCCUGUUAUAUAUGACCGUGGGCUGAUAGGAGUUGUGCAUGAUUGGUGUGAACCAUUUGACACCUACCCUAGAACAUAUGAUCUGCUGCAUGCAGCAGGUCUUUUCUCUGUUGAAAAGAAGAGGAAAAAGUGUAACAUCUCAAGCAUUAUGCUUGAGAUGGAUCGGAUACUAAGACCAGGAGGGCGUGUAUAUAUACGUGACACCACAUUCAUUAUUGGUGAACUUGAAGAAAUUGCAACUGCAUUGGGAUGGUCAAGUUCCCUAAAUGAUGUCGGAGAGGGUCCCUAUUCAAGUUGGAAGAUAUUAAGGUCUGAGAAACCAUUCUGAGUUGGUCAAUUGUGUCAGCAACAUUUUUGAAGAAAUGUUUGUAAAUUGGCUCAUGCAACCGGAACAUGACACUCCACCUGAUAUCUCAUUCUGUUGCAAAAUGUGGACAAGACUAACCCCGUUCAUGUAAUUUUCUAAGAAAAUUAUCUAUUUGCCAAAAGUGGUAGCCUUCAGUGUUGGAUCCCUACUAACAGUUUUCUUCUAAACACUUCACACACAAAAAAGAAGAAUAUUUGUCUUGUAUCAAUCACUACAGUAUUGGUCAUAUGUUUAGGAAAUAAUUUUGUGUAAUUAAUCUUCGUGUGAUGUAAGCUCAAGUUAGUGUAGACUAGACCAGAUGCUUGAAAGUUGUUUAUUAUGUGACAGAAAAGCUUCACCUGUAAUGUUCUCUGUUCCCUCACUCUCACAUGCUAGGGUUUGAUAGUGUUUGUUGUUUUGACAAGAUGACUGUUAAGAGUAAUGAACUUGUUAGAAACGAUCUCUAUACUGUACUAUUGUAUCUUUUAUUUAUUUAUUCCAGAUACAAUAAAUUAUUUUA